CGCGGUGAGGCGGCCGCUCCGGCUCCGCUCCGCUCCGGCCUCCCCCGUCCGCGCCCUCCGGUGCCCCGCGGCCGCCGCGCUCCCCUGCUGCCCCCUGGCGCGGCGGGGCCCUGCGCCGAGACCUCCGCCCUCCCCGUGGCCGGAGCUGCCGGGACCGCAGGAUCGUAGCACCGGGGCCCGGGAAGUGACCCGGCUGGAGGCGAGUUUUCUGUCCCGUUCACUGUUGUAACGCCAGGACCGCGGCGCUGCGCCCGGCGCCAGGCACGGGAGGGCGCGAGUGGCCGAGUCCAGCGCGCUCCUGCCCCCUGCCCCGCUGGAUCACGCCUCGGAUUCUCUUCAACAUCGGAGCUGCCGCUGGGCUGAGGUCACUGUGCGUGACUCUGGUGUUCUGUUGCAACAAGGGCGGGCGCGCAGAUCUGAAGAAGACUCCUCAUCCUUCAGAAGUAGCAUGCCCACAGUCUUCCUGGCCAAUGAUUCUUCUACAGCAAGCAGGACUUCUUCCUCAUCCUGAGAAGCCUUCAUCUCUUCCUAUGUCAGUGGCUACAAGGCCAAGAGCCAGCUCACCACUGUCCCCACCAAAAUCUCUCGGACUGGGGCCUUCCUUUCAUAACACACAAGAAGAAGAGCUUGCAAAGGUGGUGGAGCAGGACCCUAUGUUGGAGGAACUAUGUAAGCCUCUGUGCUGUAAGCUUUGCAAUGUCACUCUGAACUCGGCACAACAAGCCCAGGCUCAUUACCAGGGUAAAAACCACAGUAAGAAACUCCGAAAUUACUAUGCUGCCAAUAGCUGUCCAGCACCUGCCAGAAUGAGUAAUUCGGUUGAGCCUGCCCCACCUCAGGUUGUCUCCCUUCCAGCUCAGAUGGGAUCCAGUAAACCAGGUGGCCGAGUGAUUUUGGCCACAGAGAAUGAUUACUGCAAGCUUUGUGAUGCCUCCUUUAGUUCUCCAGCUGUGGCACAGGCUCACUACCAAGGGAAAAAUCAUGCCAAACGGCUGCGUCUUGCAGAAGCACAGAAUAACUCAUUCUCGGAUGCAUCAGAACUAGGCAAACGGAGGGCAAGGAAAGAAGGGAAUGAAUACAAAAUGAUGCAGAACAGAAGAAAUAUGUAUACAGUUCAAAACAACACAGGUCCCUACUUCAAUCCCCGCUCGCGCCAGAGGAUUCCUCGGGAUCUGGCCAUGUGUGUCACCCCCAGUGGCCAGUUCUACUGCUCCAUGUGCAACGCUGGAGCCAGCGAGGAGAUGGAGUUCAGACAGCACUUAGAAAGCAAGCAGCACAAAAGCAAGGUGUCGGAGCAGCGGUACAGGAACGAGAUGGAGAACCUAGGCUACGUACAAUGACGCACCACCCUUGGUAGUAGUUUGCAAAUAGAGCAGCUUGUCUCUCGCCUGCUGUUUGCCACAUGCCCUGCUUUGUGCUCCAUUUGAUAGGAGUAUGCUCUCGAGCUAUACAUGUAACACCUGCAAACUUACUGGUAUGGUUAGAUUUUUUUUCUGUCAUAGUUGGCAGGAUGAUGCUGUGCGGGACAUGAAGUGUUUUUGGUGUUUGUUUGCUAAUUAUCUAAGGCUCUUCAUUGUAUUGAGUGGUGGAGGAGGACUUAAAUGUCUUCUCCCCAGCCUUCUGCAUGAAUAUGCAAAGUCCAAGAAGUGCUGGGAACUUCUGUGGUUCUACUACACAGGUGGACCUUGUGCAAAGCCCACGCCCCUCUUUGCACACCCCAGAGCAGUGCUCCAGAAUGCCUCCCUGCACCAGACUGAAUCUCUGGGCAGCUUGUAAAGAAGGGGCAAGAAUGGGGCCUGUGAAUGUGUGAAUUAGGUGGUCUACUUGUCCACAACAAAUUGCUGCUUUGGCCUCCAUUACAGCUCAGAGUAAGUUCUUUCCACAUCCCUGUAGAAAGGCUGUGCAUACCUUUCCUCCUUGGAGGGUCAUGCCUCUUGCCACAUCCUCUGUGAUGCAAAUUUCAUUCUGAAGAUCUGACAUUGGAUAUCAGCUGAUUAGCCACAUCCAGAAAUAGUUUCUUAUACCAGUUAACAAUGAAAAAAGAUUCUCAGUGUUGUUGGCUGGGCACUUUGAGGCACCAUGGGUGUAGCUCAUCUCAGUGGCUUAAUUAAGUGAAUCGGAAAGCAAACCUGCUCAGAUGAGAUGUGCUCUGCUCUGAUUCUACCUUAGACUGGCUAGGGUUGAGAAUUAGGUUGAAAGGAACUUACAGUGGUAAUUUCCUUGCACACUAAUGUAGGAGAGAGCAAAUGUUGGUCUCUGGCCUGCAGCUCUAUUGCUCUGGGAGAGUAGGGCUGCCUGGGCCUUGAGGAGCAGGUACCUCUAUAUCCUGAUUCCAUGUCCUACGCAAAACCCAAUGAGUUGUAGAGGAGAGAUGAAAUGCUCCUUUGGACUAGAGUUAUCAAUAUUGGAUUCAUUUUUUUUCCCCUCUUUCUUUUCCCAUCUCAGAAUGGGUUUUAAUUCUGUUCCUUGGUGUGAACUUCACUGUUCUAGGGACCAUCAACAAUCCAAAGUUAGGUAGGAAUUAAAUGUCAGGGUUAAUGGCUUGAGUAACAGCUUUUUAGCCAUGAAGAAGUAUUAAUGAAACUUGUUAAGCAACUUGAUAAGUGUAGACAAACCCAAAGGGUGUGUGUCUGUUUUGAUUUUCCUUAACAGCAGCAGGAAGGAGCAGGGCUGACAUUUAUUUUUCCACUCAUUUCAGUAGAUGUGAGGAGCUGUGAUAGGAAUCCAGCUGACAGUGUUUCUAAACUGUUUGUGCUAGUGCUAAGCCCAGCACCUGUAGGUAACCCCUGUUGGACCUAACUCACCACUGUGCUGCUACAGCUGUACACUGGUAGAGCUUCAUUGGCUUCAGUGGCAGGUGCAGAUGGGGAGUCAAGGAAGCAUCAUAGCUUGUCUUGCUCCUCUUCAGGCAGUAAGUUGAAUUAGAUGCAGCUCCAGUGGUUUCAGUACUAUUUUAACAGGGUUAAAUUUUACCUAGUGCAUAAAGUUGAAGGUAGCUCCUCCACCUCCUCUUUUUGUCAUUCUGAUCCUGCCUCUUGCAUUCCAGAAGUAUUUUCUGCUUGCCUUAAAAAAUGAAAAAUGAGUAAACAAAAUCCAGGCAGUUUUUUUUCAUCUUUCUUGUCCACCACAAAAAGGUUUGUUGCACUUGGCUGCUCCUCAGAAGCCAAGUAUUGUUAUCUUAAGCUACCUGAGAAUCAGAUAGCCAUGCAACCUUAGCACAGCCUUCCUAAAUCCAGACAAGGUGAGCUCUUGCACAGUAGUUGAAAGGAACCCACUAUAUCAUUCUGUCCUGAUUCUUAUUCUGCAGAUACAGGCAGAGCAGUGGCCAUCCUCUUGAAUGGGAUUCCCUCCUCUCCUUUGUGCAAAGCCCAAUUAAAUAGGGUUUGUGCACUGGAGUACUUUAGAAGGUAGGAGAACAGGUGCCCAGGUUGCAAUGCACCAGUUGAACAGUUUUGACAGCCUGUGAGUCUGUUUCUUCUGUUUUCCUGGCCCUGGCUCACCCUGUGUUGCCUUGAAGAACAUUCCCCUUGCAAAAAAUCUUGUCAGCCUUUUCCCCUCAUCUUUGGCAGUCAAAGAAGGGCUCUGUUUUUUUUCUAUCUUUUGUUUUGCUAGUCUGACACCACUGUGCGGGCACAGAGGGAGCUGGAUGAGCCUUUCCAUAGUGUGUCUCACCAGAGGGAUCCCUGCAUUAUGGUUAAACAUCUCUCCUGCUGUAAAUUAAAGCAUGGCGUUUCCCACAGGCUGCAAUUAGUAGCAGCAAAACAACACUUUGUAAAAAUAAGAGCUGGAUGAGUUGUAGAUACUGAUGUUAUCUAGCUUAUUGCUAGGACCAAGAAAGCAUCUUUGUCUGCUUUCAUGUGUCCCAAAAAGCAACUGUUCACAACUUUGCUUUGGUUGCUGCUCCUGCUCCCAGCCCAGCAAUCUGUUCCUCAUGUGGCAUUUCCAGCAACUGCUGGAGGUACCAAAACUGUUUGCUCCAAGUGCUGUUACCUCCUGGUACAAGCUGGUUCCAAGGUGCCACAGCAUGCCUGUGUGUUCAGGAGGGUGUGCAAGGGAGGUGCAGGGGCUGUUCCUGCAGGCUCCUUUCUGCGUGGGGCUGAGUCUGGUUUUGAGGAAUGGCUCGAGUCUGCCCUGAGCAGAGAGGCCUGUAGCUGCUUUAUGUUGUUCAAGGAAGUACAAGUGACAUCAUCCAGAGAAUUUCAAAGCAGUGGGUUAUAUAGCAGGUAUACAGCAGACAGUGGACUCGAGCAACAAGAGUAGGACUGGUUUCCUACAUGGGAGGAAAGAUGUUUGCUGGGAGAAGCAGCUGAGACAUCGCUUUGUCCUAGUGCUCUGUUGUGGCGCUUCCCUACAAGUGACCAAAGCUCACCUCUCCCUCUUUAGCAUUGCUUAAUGGUUUGUGAUCUCCCCACUCUCCCUCCAGCAUAGAAAAUUAUUGACUGCAAAGACAAAACACCCUGCCUCACUAAUACUAGGGUUCAGGCCAAUCCAAAAUCAUAUUUGUCACCAUGAGAAACUGGGUGGAUCUAGGGUUUGUUGGGUUGUUUUGUUUUUUUUUUGAUGAGAGCUGUUCUGUAAAUCAGUAUUCAAAACAUAUUGAAAACACAUCCUGGCCAAACCCUAUUUGACAUAUAUGGGCUGGGGAGAAUACUGUACACCUGUAGUACCAUUUUCCAGACCCACUGAAUCUUUUUCUUGUGUUAAACAAAGUACCAAACCUAAGAAACAGGACUUCUGUGACGCUGUCACAUUGGCCAGUAGUUUAAUGACCUUUGCUGCUAGAAACAAAAUAUAACUCAGUGUAUUCAUAUUUAUUUUACUGUGCUGACCACUAAUUGAUUUGUUAAUAUUUAAGGCAUUAUUCUGUAGGUUGUUUUGGUUUAAAUAGAAAACUCUACAUCGCACUUUGCUUUUGAAUCAGAACAGGUAUUUAUUGUAUUUGUGAAAAUGUUUUCCUUCCAACCUAUGUAUUGUUUUCUUUCCCUUGAUGCAAAAAAAAAAAAAGAAAAAUAAACCACCUCACCCCAAUACAACAACUACAAACCCCAAAUCCAAGCAGUGCAUCUUCUUUGUUUCUUUUCUAGCCAAUCAAAAUGGGGAUUUCCUUGCAGCUUGCUCCUAAAUGUCAAUUUCUGGUUUGUUUUGGAGUUGGUGUUGUUUUUUUCUUUCCUGCAAUGGUUCCUUUGGUAACUCCUAAUGAUACUUUUAGACACACAAAGUUCAUUCUACAUUUAAGCAUUUAUUUUAAGGCAAGGAAGUAAGCUAUGUGGAAUUCAUGUAUUUGUGAGGAAUAUGAAAGUGCUACUCUUUAGUUUGUAUGAAGCAUUAGCUGUUAUUUUGCAUUCUGCACUGAGUAAAUGUGUUAUAAUCUUGCGUAACAUUGGUCUGGUUUUGACUUUUUGCUUUCUUCAUGCACAUCAAAAGGAAGCCUGAAAACUUCUGUGGAGUUUCUUAGGAUGGUCAUCAAAGUAGUAAAAUGCAGAUUUUAUUUUUUUUCCUGUACAGCUUCUUCUCUUUUCCUUUUCUAGAUGCCCAUUAUAGGGAAUUAGAAGGGAAAGCUAUUGCCAUGAGCACAGAUAGAUAUUUUAGCUUACUAGUGCAUGAUGUCCUUUAGCUAGGUUACUGAGGUAACACUCUCACUGUAACCAAUGGGAAUCUUGCCCAAAUCAGGAGUAAAUUAAAUAGCCUAGCUAAGUAUGUUGGCUAGGGCCAGGCAAGGUACAGUGCUAAAAUUUGUCUUUGACUCCUAUGUUUUGGUUACAACAACUCUUAAGGUUUUGCUUUUUGAGGAAUGUGUAUCUGGUUCUGUACAGAUUUGGUCCUGCUCCAGAUAAAAUUGUUUGAAGUACGUUGACUUUAAUUGAGUAGGAGCAAGCCUUGAAACCCUUCAGGAAUUUAAUACUGCUGAUGUUUUCCCAUAUAUGUGUUUUUUCUUUUGGUUUUGUUGUUAGGUUUUUUUAAAUCCAUAUAUACAAGGAUGCUCUGGAUGAGAUGGUCAUCUGUUGCUGAUUAUGGAAAAACAAAUGCCAUGGUUGCCAAAGUUUUGAUAGAAAAUGGGAGAAGUACGAACCUAGUUCAUUGAAAGUUAGUGGCUAAGAUCCUAUUGCUUUGAGCUGGGCUGACUUCUUUGCCAUCUGCAUAAAGUUGGAAGUGAAAAUCAAAUCUACUUUCAAAUAAAUGUGGUCAAACAGUAGUUUUGGGAAUCUUUCCUUUAAAAAAUGUAUCAAAGUUACAAUUUUAUUUCAUUUUUUUAUUUGAAGUAUCUGCAGAUAAAGGCAGGACUGUAUAUUUUUAAAAAAUAUAAAAUCAGUUCUUCGGUCUGUUUUUCAGGGGAAAAGUUACUUGAUUUAAUUUCCUUCUGCAUUUGUCCAGCAACAUCAUUUGCAAGUGCUUUGAACGUGUUUCAUCUAGAGCCUUCUUGUCAGGUUGGUUUUGUACAUUUGUCCUUAUUUUCUUUAUAUGGUACUGACCCCUGUGAGGGAAUAUAAUAAAUAAUCUUGCUCUUAUCAUUGUA